CUUUUACGAUCGAUCAGCAAAAAAACCAUUGGCUCCGCCUGCCGCCGUGGGAGUGGCAAGCGGCCGAGGCAUGCUCGGCAGGGAAACAUCAUCGCGGCUCUUAAUCGUUGACUUUGAAAUAAAGUUUGCUGCUCGAAACUACACGCCAUGACGUCUUUACACUCUUUACACCCUCGGACGGUGUCAUGGUAUCAGACGGGUUUGAUGGUGGACUCAAUCCCACUGCACGCUCCCGCCGCACAGAGUGUUGCGCUGGCCAGAAGUUUGGCCUGAAGUAUCUCUUCUUGCUGCCGUCAGUCGACCUUGAACGACUUGCCUUAAGCUGCACCGCCUGUGAGCUCCCACAGAGUUCGCGGUCAGGUACUACCUGCCUUCUAUGCAGCCCCCCGAAGCAUCGUCAACCUCGGCCGACUGGUAGCUACCGCUCUUGGCGCAUAUCAGACUUUGGCACACACCGACAGCAUGGGAUCUUUCACCAUGGAAUGAAUUAGGAUGACACAAAAGUCCGCCCGCGGCGACCAUCCCACACGAGGCUGUCGGCACCGUUGGCCUCAAAGAGGAAGUCCCUGCAUGGAUGGGAGCUCGAA